AUGACGGAGCGCUGGGUGUCUCAGAAGAAGCACUACUGCGAGGUCUGUAAGACCUGGCUAAGCGGCCAUACGAUGAAUGUCAAGCGCCAUGAGAUGUCCGAACGGCAUAUCAUGAACAUGCAGCAAAUGUUCCGAGACAUGAAGCACCGCGAGAAAGAGAGAGAGGCCAACGCGCGACUCGAACGCGAAGAAAUCGCCCGCGUCGAAGCUGCCGCAGCUGCUGCUAUGCGUCAAGACGGCCAUGAAUCUCAUCCUUACCCUUCGUAUUCUUCGGGUCCGGCCGUAUGCGGGGAGCAAAGUGCGCCGGCCGUCGCUCAGAGUGGCUUCUGGUCGAUGUUUGUCGAUCCCUCCUCCGGUCUCCCCUAUUUCUUCAAUUCCCAAACGCAAGAAUCCUCCUGGACCCCGCCCCCCUGGUUCCCUCUUCCCCCGCUUCCCCCCAGCGCUCCAGUCUCGGGUGUACAUACAGCUGGGCAUGUGCACGCGGCGGGGGCAGAGCCAGGGCGGCCCCCGACACCUUCCGUGGCAAAGCCGAAACUGAAGAUUGUGUCAAUCAAGAAAGUGGCGAAGCCAGAAGACGGGGUGCUCAGUCACGCAACAAAAGGCGAAGGAACGGAAUCUGCAAACCCCUCAAACGCGUCGACUUCGCAACUGCCUGUGGCAGCCAAACCCGAGGCCUUGGCGUCUGACUCCUCUGGUCUCCAGAAAGAGCCGUCAACCGCUUCCGUAAAGAGGGAAAGAGCAGGCAAUACUGAGUCUUCCGCUCGUUCGUCCUCUUCCCUUUCCUUCUCUUCUGUGUCCUCUUCGACUUCGUUGUCUGCCCAGGGAGAAGGAGCGGAGAAGGCGAGCUUGUCGGGCGCUGUUGGCGGUUCUGCUGGCCCUGUGGGGGGAAUCGUCCACGGAGUGAAAGGCGAAGAGAAGCCGAAUCCGCCUCCGGAGUCCAGCCGACCGUUGGAUUCUGCUCUGGCAGCUGUCGCGAGUUCAAGAGCGUGUCACUGUCCGCAUUCUUCUUCCUCGUCUGCUGCUCUCGCGCCUGGAGCAAAGGCGGACGGAGAUGAGGCCGGUUUCUUUCCGUCUUCGAAAUUCGCCGGGGUGCGUCCCGGCUUCGUCUUCCGGAUGGGAAGUGAAGGCUUGGGGUACUACGCCGAUACAGGGUUUCCGCGUGCGGCGUACAGACACCGGACGCUGACGCCGCCAGGCGGAAGCGCGUGUGCUCAUGCGGACGCCGACGUGUCUCGGCGCUCGCUAGUUGAAGCUGCGCGCGUAGCGGCUCUGCAGGCGACGGAAGAUGUGUGGGGAAUACACGGAGACAGUGGGUCUGGAGACAGAGAAGGCAGAAGACGGGACGACUUUCCUGUCGGCGGACGCGGUCGAGGAAGAGGCGGGCCGUGGCCUCGAGGAGGGAGGGGACGUGGCGGCCGAGCCACGAGUGAAGAAUGGCGACGCAAGUUCAUGAAAGUGGCGUCGAAGGGAGGGGAAGAAGUCGAAGACGAAACGGAGGACGGGGAUGCAAAGACGACGACGGCCCCUGGCGACUCGGGAAGCAUUUCAGGAGCGAAAACGGGUGAAGGGUCAGAGAGAGAAGAACACAGCCAGGACGGAGCAGCAGGAAGUCAGAGCGAUGUGCCGAUUGAAAACAAGGCUGCGACCGGCCCAAAUAUCGGCGAAUGGGAAGUCGUCAAGCCUGGAGAAUACAGCGCUUUUGCAAGCUGCGGAACGCGCGAAGAAGAGAUCGAAGGCGAAGCAGAAGAAGAGCCGUACACCGAAGCUGGAUACCUCAAGGAUCUGCGCUGGGACAUCGCCUGCCAGGGGCCUCUUCAUCGCGACGACCUCGAACCCCUCGAGAAGCCUGUCUACCAUCCUUUGACUGGAGAGGAAACGGGGGAUUUGGGAUCCGCCGCUCCGGUGGCGUUUAAGAAAGCGAAGAAAAUCAAAGUCCACGGCCUGCGAAAACUGACGGCAGAGUGA